AUUGUACCACUGUUUCUAUGGCUGCCAGACGCAGGACAGCUGCUUUCAGACGUCCCGAGUCUCUUUUUGUGAUGUGAAAUUGCUGUGAUUUGAACAAUCUCCGCGUGUGAUCAGGUUCCGACCACCGCAGCAGACUUCACCGGCACCGGCCCAAGCCCUCCGCAUCCUAGUGACCCACGUUCCUCGGGACAGACAAGGCGGCAGCCAUGUCGUCCGUGAAGGUGGCAGUGAGGGUGCGGCCCUUCAACAACCGCGAGACCAGCAGAGACUGCAAGUGCAUCAUCGCCAUGACAGGCAACACCACAGCAAUCACCAAUCCCAAGGCACCCCCUGGCUGCAAGGAAGGAACCAAGAGCUUUAAUUAUGACUACUCCUACUGGUCUCAUGAUCCUACCGACGUUCACUUCUCGACUCAAGACAAGGUCUAUGAUGACAUCGGGGAGGAGAUGCUCUUGCACGCUUUUGAAGGGUACAAUGUGUGCAUCUUUGCCUAUGGGCAAACUGGGGCAGGCAAGAGCUACACCAUGAUGGGGAGGCAAGAGGAGGGGCAGGAAGGCAUCAUCCCCCACAUUUGCAAGGACCUCUUUCGCAAGAUCAAGGAGGAUAUGUCCGAGGACAUGCUCUACUCCGUCGAGGUGAGCUACAUGGAGAUCUACUGCGAGAGGGUACGCGACCUCCUCAACCCCAAGACCAAGAACAACCUGAGGGUGCGUGAGCAUCCGCUUCUCGGCCCCUACGUGGAAGACUUGUCCAAGCUGGCGGUCACCAACUACCAUGACAUUCACGCUCUCAUGGACGAAGGGAACAAGGCCAGGACGGUGGCUGCCACCAACAUGAACGAGACCAGCAGUCGUUCGCAUGCAGUGUUCACCAUCAUCUUCACUCAAAGGAAGACGGACAAGGACACGGGGCUCGCCACAGAACGAGUGAGCAAGAUUAGCCUGGUGGACCUGGCUGGCAGCGAGAGGGCCGACUCAACAGGAGCGCAGGGAACUCGGCUCAAGGAAGGGGCCAACAUCAACAAGUCCCUCACCACCCUCGGCAAAGUCAUCUCCGCCCUGGCAGAAGUGGCAACAAAGAAGAAACGCAAGGGAGACUUCAUCCCCUAUCGGGACUCGGUUCUUACUUGGCUUCUCAGGGAAAAUUUGGGUGGCAACUCCAAGACUGCAAUGAUUGCAGCCAUCAGCCCAGCUGACAUUAACUAUGAAGAGACAUUGAGCACUCUCAGGUAUGCGGACAGAGCCAAGCAGAUUGUCUGCAAGGCGGUCAUCAACGAGGACGCCAACGCCAGGCUCAUCAGAGAACUCAAGGACGAGAUCAUGCGCCUUAAGAAUCUCUUGAUGGCCGAAGGAAUCGACAUAGAUGAUGAAAACAUGAACACGGAGAGUGGCAAGCGCAAGCCCCACCUGUCUGUGUCUCAGGCCUCAGAGAACGCCAUGGAGCAGCUUCAGGAGUCGGAGAAGCUCAUCGCCGAGCUCAACGAGACCUGGGAAGAGAAGCUGAAGAAGACGGAGGCUAUUCGUCUACAGAGGGAAGCGGUCCUAGCGGAAAUGGGGGUAGCUCUUCGGGAAGAUGGUGACACCGUUGGAGUUUUCUCUCCAAAAAAGACACCUCAUUUGGUGAAUCUCAAUGAGGACCCUCUGAUGUCGGAGUGUCUCCUGUACUACAUCAAGGACGGGACAACGAGGGUGGGAAGACCAGAUGCCAAUGUGGCCCAGGAUAUCAAGCUGAGUGGGUCUCAAAUAUUGAACGAGCACUGCUGGUUUGAGAAUCGGGACGGCGUGGUCACACUGUACCCCUGCAGUGGCUCUCUUGUAUACGUCAACGGACGAGAAGUCACGGAUUCUACGAGACUCAGGACUGGGUCUCGAGUGAUCCUCGGAAAGACGCACGUCUUCCGUUUUCAGCAUCCUGAACAAGCUCGAGAAUGCAGGGAGCGCAAGUCGCCAGUAGAAAUGCUCGAAAAACCAUACUCGGAAGAUUUUGACCAGCUUGGGAUGUCAUCCUUAGGGAAGAAAAUGGACGACUCGGUUUACUCUAAUGGUGGGGAGCCAGUCGACUGGUCCUUUGCACAAGUGGAGCUUUUGGAAAAGCAAGGCAUCGACCUCAAGCAAGAAAUGGAAAAGAAGUUGAUUGCUUUAGAAGAGCAGUACAAAAAGGAGAAAGAGGAAGCAGACCAACACUUUGAAGAGGAAAGAAAGACGUACGAGGCACGCAUCGAGAGCCUGCAGCGACAGGUGGAAGAACAGUCGAUGAUCUCCAGUAUGUACAGCACAUGCACCGCGGAAGAGAUGAGUGCGGUGGAGGAAGAAGAUGUGUUUGACCAGGCUUGGACAGAGCGGGAGUUCCAGCUGGCAGGGUGGGCCUUCAACAAGUGGAAGUACCACCAGUUCACCUCCCUCAGGGACGACCUCUGGGGCAACGCCAUCUUCCUCAAGGAGGCCAACGCCAUCAGUGUGGAACUCAAGAAGAAGGUGCAGUUCCAGUUUGUGCUGCUCACGGACACACUCUACUCGCCCCUGCCGGCCGACCUAGUUCCCCGGGACGACCUGGAUGACUUCCCCGACCACGGCGCGGCACCGUUUCCGAGGACCCUGGUGGCGGUUGAAGUGCAGGACACCAAGAAUGGCGCCACCCACCACUGGACCCUCAGCAAGCUCAGACGUCGCCUGGAACUAAUGCGCAAUGUGUACAAUGAGGACCCCUGGUCUCCCGGGAGCCCCGAAUUCCGGAACGACUUGCUACAGUGCUUGAGCGCACCAGCUGGCCUGGGCCUGUCCAGCAUCAUCCCUUCACGGACAAGGCAGCGGCUGGAGCUCAUGCGAGAGAUGUACCACAACGAAGCAGAGCUGUCACCCACGUCGCCCGAUUACAAUGUGGAGAGCAGCAUCACGGGAGGAGACCCCUUCUACGACAGAUUUCCUUGGUUCAGGCUCAUUGGCAGGGCCUUUGUGUACCUGAGCAACCUGAUGUACCCCGUUCCUCUGGUUCAAAAGGUGGCCAUUGUCAAUGAGAAAGGCGACGUCAAGGGAUACCUUCGGGUGGCCGUUCAAGCUGUCAUUGAUGACGAAGAGACCUCGGAGUGCAGCACGGGAGUGCGGCAGUCUGCGAGGAUCAGCUUUCACGACGAGCUUUUCAGCAGUCCCAGGAAGGAGUUGAGCGGUGAAGACGUGGGAUCUUGCCUGGUGGGGCCCAGCUCCUCGGACGAGCGUAUCGUGGAAGGGGCCAGUCAAGAUUUGCAAGGCCAGGAUAUGCCAGAAGAGCAGCGAAGCAGGCUGGAGGCCUACAAGCAAGACGGCGAGAACAACAACCUGAGCCCGGAGCAGUGUGAGGAAGACAGCCUUCCAGAGCACCUGCAGAUCGGCAAAGAGUUCACCUUCAGGGUGACCGUGCUGCAGGCCAUCGGCAUCUCCAAGGAAUACGCCGACAUCUUCUCGCAGUUCAACUUCCUCCACCGUCACGACGAAGCCUUUUCGACGGAGCCCUUGAAGAACACAGUAAAGGGCCCACCACCCGGAUUCUUCCAUGUACAGAAUAUCACUGUGACCGUCACGCGUUCUUUCGUCGACUACCUGCGAAGCCGACCAAUCGUGUUUGAGGUGUUUGGUCACUACCAGCAGCACCCGUUGCAUCGAGAUGCCAGGGAUGUCUGCCAACAGCACAGUGUACGCCAACCUCCUAGACGCAUGUUCCCAAGGACUCUUCCAAUUUCCCAGCCUGUGCGCUCACCCAAAUUUGGCAUUCUUCAGUGUCCAAGCACCAAUCACAUCUAUGCAAAGCACGAUGUCUUGGUGUGGUUCGAGAUUUGCGAACUGACCCCCAACGGCGAGUACACCCCAGCCGUGGUGGACCACAGCGACGAUGCUCCUUGUAGGGGGACAUACUCUCUCCACCAGGGGAUCCAGAGGCGCAUCCGCCUCACGCUGGUCCACGAGCAGACGCCCAACGUCUGCUGGAAGGACGUCCGGGAGGUGGUCGUCGGCCGGGUCAGGAGCACUCCAGAGUGCGACGAAGAAGACAACGACUCGUCCGUUCUCUCUCUGGGCAUCUUUCCGGGCGGGUACCUCGAGAUGGCUGGAGACGACAGGACUUUCUACCACUUCGAGGCUGCUUGGGACUCCUCCCUGCACAGUUCCACUCUUCUGAACAGGGUGACCCCAUAUGGAGAAAGGGUGUACCUCACCAUCUCAGCAUACCUGGAGCUGGAGAACUGUGCUCAGCCAGCCAUCAUAACGAAAGACCUGUGUCUGAUCAUUUACGGAAGAGAUGCGAGACUGGCACCAAGGUUGUCUCCAAACGCACGCUCCCUGCGCCACCUGUUCACUGGUGCCUACAAGAACGCCGACGCCAACCAUGUGACCGGCAUCUACGAGAUGAUCCUCAAGAGAGCGGCAGAUUCAGGUAGCCCGGGGGUGCAGCGUAGGCAGCGCCGGGUGCUGGACACCUCGACGACGUACGUGCGUGGGGAAGAGAACCUGCACGGCUGGCAGCCCAGGGGUGACUCCCUCAUCUUCGACCACCAGUGGGAGCUUGAAAAGCUCACCCGCCUCGAGGAGGUGGAGAAGGUCCGCCACUUCCUGCUGCUGCGUGAGAAGCUAGGGCUGGACCGCGGGGGACCCCCCCAGCACCAGGACAUCAGCAAGUGGGAAAAAGAGGCCUGCAAUUUGGUGGCCCGGGCAGCCGCCGCAGGCAGGGCGCCCCAGGGGCAGGGCCAGGUCGGCACCGGCAUCACCCCAGUGGCGCCCCAGCUGCCCUCGCCGACAGCCGUGCCUGCACCGAGGGGCGUCGCGGUCGAUGAAAGCGUCUACGCCCCGUGGGAUAUGAGCCCCCGUGAGCGGGAGCUGGCCUCCCGCACUGUGGGGCUCAUCCUCAGCCACAUUCCCAGCAAGCCGCCCCCCACGGGCCCACGCGCCAAGCAACAAGAGUCAGCAAUGACUCCAGUUGAAGAAGGAGAUGGAUCUUCACCCUCUUCAAGCAUGACAUCAAGUUCUUCUCAAGAUCUGCUGUCCCCGGAAAAAGCCUGCCUGCCACUGGACGAGGCGGCGAGGGGCGUUCCCUCGACCCUGGCACCCCCUGCGGGCCUCAAGCCGGCCUCUCAUCCCCCGACGUGCGUGGGGUCGGCCGGCAAGUUUGUGGCCGAGGUGGAGGAAGUGCGUGCCAGCCCCAUCGUGUCCCGCAAGGGCUACCUGGGCUGCCUGGACGACCGCACAGGCAACUGGGUCAAGAGAUGGCUGGUGAUCCGUCGCCCGUACGUAUUCAUCUACCGCGACGAGAAGGACUUCAUUGAACGGGAGCUCAUCAACCUCGCCACAGCACAGGUGGAGUACAAUGAAGAGCAGCAGGCUAUGCUCAAGGUGCCCAACACAUUUUCGGUGGUGACCAAGAGCCGAGGAUUCCUGCUGCAGACACUGGAGGAGAAAGAGAUCCACGAGUGGCUGUACGCCAUCAAUCCUCUCCUGGCUGGCCAGAUCAGAUCGAAACUGGCACGAAAACAGAAUGUUCACAUCUGCCUGUAAGUGAUUGGCCACCUUUUGUUAGCAGCAGCUGUCCACGUCAAGAGGAGCUCACGACGGGACAGCUCGCAAUAAUCAGCAAGGCUGCACCCCUACGUUCUUGGGCGGCUGUCCCCAAGUGCACACAGUUUUCGUCGACGGCACCUAGUUGGGCCACUUUCCGCUUGUUUUAGAUUUUUCAUUGUGCCGUGCACAUAGACCUUGGUUUUCUCGGAGAUCUGCUUGAUUUUUACACUCCAUUUACGUUUAGCCUUUUAAAGUAUACUUUGUUGCAAUGGGGACGCACCAGAGCCGUUGGUCUAUUUGAGAUGUGUUACCUUAAAAGAUAUCUUUUAGAGAGAGAUCUAUUUAUCUGUAUACAUUUUAGUCUUUACAUUGGGUGUACCAUAGUAUAUACUAUUUAUGAUAUCACUGUACAGCUACUUUAUGCUUGUUUUAUAGGUAUACAAUGUGAGAUUAGAUUUAAUUAGUUCUUUUUUUUUCUUCCUCUCGAUAGCAGAGUUUUUUUUUUGGAGGUGUGUGACGAAACAACCGCGCUUCAGGCUGGCGGGACUAGCUCUAGCUUUCGGUUGUAAGCGUGCACUGGUGAAGAUGCAAAUUUCAGGAAGUACUGUGAUGGUUAUUAGGUUUUAAGUUUAUGUGUAUAUAUAUAUAUAUAUAUAUAUAUACAUGAAAUUAUUUACAAAUGUUUCCUCCCAAGCGUUUCUCUUGUUAGAGAAGAUUCCUGAAUUCCUCAAGAGAGACUAUUUGAAUUUUUUUUUCGUUUGUCCACACAGAAGGAAACAUUUGGGGGUAUACAUUUGUUUGGAAGAGGAUAUUAAAUUAUUUGUUGGAAUAAAAAAGAAAAAAGACGACCAUCUUUGAAGUCAGCGCUGCUUUGAGAUGCACAAUUUUAGUGGCCGAGUCGAGGUUUUCUAUUUUAUUGUUCGAAGAAUCCUUCUUGGGGCAGGCGGCUACCUAGUGUACAUACCGUAUUUUCUUGUGUACGAUAUUUGUCUGAUGUGUAUAUAUCUAUACGUGCCUACGUGUGCUGGCAAAUUGUGUUGUGACACUUUUCCUCGUCAUCCUUCGAGUUGUAACUCCUACGCUCUAUUGUUUGUGCGUGGGCACACCAUUACGAUUACGCACUGUGAAAGCAAAAAGCAUAGGAGGGUCAGAAUACUACAGAUUCAAGGACAGUGUGCAGGCUCUCCCAUUGGAAAAACCUCUGCAAACAUUGGCCGAGAUGCUAAGCAAUGAGAAGAUUUUUUUCGGUUAAAAAAAAAGAGUAAUUGGACACCCAUAGCGUAGGAACGUGCAUGAAUGCAUAGGGACUGCAUUUCCGACGAAGUGACCCAUUUAUUUCCGUAACUUCUGGCAAAGCACAGGCAUAAUAGUAGUGAAUUCCGUUGUUUGGGCCCACGGGACAGCAUGGCGACUCACUCAAUGUUAGCGGUGUAGUUUCUUUGUUUUUUUGCUAGUCUAAUUUUUCUGAAGGAUGUUUGGAUAUCACUCGUGUUGUGGAGAAGCGAGACUGCACAGCUGCCUUAAACCUAGCAAGGGUAACCUUUGCACGACUAUAGCAAAUUGGAUUCGGUGUGCCGUCAAUAGAGACUGCCGCUAGCACACUCUCUCGGAAGCCCCGUUAGCUCGACCACCUUGCUUUCAUGGGACGAAUUUUAGUGCUUCGUUAUCAAUGUAACAGCCUGUCAGGAGGUUCACAGACGCAAGCUUUUAAAGGCAGUGAACCAUCGAGGAUUUUAAACUAGACUAUAAUAUUUGUUCUAGAAACCCUUAAAACAACGGUUGACGGUCACGCAUACCUAGUUCUUUGUGGGGGAAGGGUAUGCAAAUCUUUUAACGUCACAACUUUCAGCAGGCGCUCCUCACCACAUUGGCAAGCGUGGCCGGUAACCAAGGUACAGAUAUUUCUGCCCUUUGCCAAUGUUUGCGAUUCUGUUUUAUUGGCUACAAAUGUCUGCAGUUAGGUUAUUGUUACAUACUACGAGCUCUCUAAGCGAAGAAAAAAGACCUUACUCAGUUCUUUGCAACCAUCGUGACCUCUUAAGUGGAGGCAGUUGUCACCUUGAAACAGGCAUUUUGUAAGGGGCGCUAAAGGAUACGUCGAGAUGAACUUUUAUUUUUUAUGUACACUCUGGAGGCUGAUGUUGCAGAACAGAACGUGCCAGCCAAACUAAAUGCUAUUUGAGUUGUCAGCCUGUGAAACAUCCCGUUUUGGGGAGAGCAUUGACAUUCCAGUUACAGGUGGUUCUGAGGGAGCAGUGUGGAGCUUCGAAAAUGUGGUUCUUGAGAAGCUCUGGAUUUGGCAGCAAAGCCGCCAUAUCUUUUGAAGAUUUUGCUAACAAGUAUGCUUGACCAAAACAAGCUCAUAGUUAAUUAGUGGUACUCAUGCUGUCGUGAGGGCGGGAAGUGUUUAUGUGGCUCAUGAAAAGAUUAUGAGAGACUUCUAAGUAGAAGCUACACGUAUCGUCGUAAAAGGUAGCACCAAAAAGUUUCCAAGGUAAGGCUGCCAGCUUUUUGAGAUAUAAAAGUUAAAACGGUCAGCCUUGCUAGAAACGAGAGAAGGUGAUAAGAUGAUCUGCUUUUCUAAAAUUUGGGGUGGUAACCUAGUUUUUAUAUUUAAUGCCUUUGCAUGUGUAUUAAAGAAUAAUUGAAAGACAUACCUGCUGUCUCGAUUAGUGGAAUUGGUUUUAUAGAUGGAUUGUCAGGUAUGCAUUUCUGAAAUGCUGUCAAGCUGCAUUACAAAGAGACCACUCGAUUUUAUUACCAUAUUACAUGUAUAUGUGCUAUACUAUAGUUGUGUCAAGCAUCCAAUAAAGCCCCAUGCAUCAGUUAUGCAAUGCAAUCCUCUUUUCCCUCAUAAUCUCGUAUAGGAUCACACAACUCCUGCACUACUCCACAGAAACCUCCUUUACCAGUUUAAAAUACGAUCAACUUCCGUUAAUGUGGCAACUUCCAUUUUCAUGGUCCUACGACCCUACUGGAGGGGUCAAUUUGGCACGGGACUAAAACAUACGUUGGCCUACACGUUUUGUAAAAAAAAGCCAAAGCAUUGGGUCAACGGGGGCUGCAUUAAGAGAAGUUGAUUGUAAAGAUUCAGAGCCCUUUUUAUGAACCAUUUCAGCAUUGCGUUGCUCUGGGGCACUCAUUACUCUGUUAAGUUAAGACCGUACGGAGUCGCUACUACGCCGCUACGAUACCCCCCCUCUAGUCCCACGCGUACUAACGAUUGAUGGUCGACCGUUGUUGUGAUGUACCUAAUAGUAGUACUCACUUUAUUUUCUUGCAACUCCUUCGGCACACCCGAGAGUUGCGUUUCGAGAGCAGUACGUUCCGAACUGUGCCCACGAGCGCGUUGUUUCUGCGAGGGGAUUGUGUGGGAACACCCAAGCUUGUCGAUGCUGCACCAGUCAAUUCCUCGUUUUUCCUGUCACAUUGUUCCUUGCUGCUCAGAAGGGUGUGAAUGAGGCGGCUGGAAAUGCAGGAUUGUUGACGACAUGGUUUGAAAAGACUCAGAUGCGUUCCCUUUGAUUUUUUUUUCUUUAGAACGUCGUUCAACCAUGUUUUUGACUGCAUAUUCUUAUCAUAUCAAACCAUUAUUUUUAUAUGUGCCAUCAUGGAAAUUGGAUUUAUUUUUUAUGUAGCUUUCAUGCUCCCCCUUAUCUCUUUUCUUUUGUAAAGAACGCUUGGAAGCUUGAAAACCUUUCUGCUGUGGAAGUAAGCAUUUGGAAACCGAGAUGUCUGUAAAGACGUCUCCCGUCUAGUAGGAUGGCUGAUCCUCGGGUCUUGAAGUGCGCUGUAUUAUUUUCAUUUGUUGUUGUUACUGUUGUUACCAUCUGUUUUUGGAACUUUUAUGUUGAGCAUCUGCAAGGCAUAAAACAGCAUGGCAAUGUGAUGUGUGCUGCUACGGUGGUCUUUGUUUUAAUUCCAAAUAAAAGCUCAAUGCUGACUGUGCAGACACUCUUUAA